AUGCCUUACAAGUAUGCCGACCUCCCUCAGUACUCAUAUGCAUCGGUCCAACGUCAAUAUUCGACCUUUGAUUAUGAGACUAAAUCUUUCCAAUUUUACCCUGUCACCUAUUCAACGACCGAUCUGACCGAGGGCCAAAACCAGGACAACAAGGAGCCCACCGCCGAACCGGAGAAGGACCCUGCCUCUGAAGACCCCCCAGCCGCUGAGCCAAGUGGCGAUGACAGCCCGCCCACUGAACCUACAGAGGCUGCACCAUCAGCCGAGUCUCCACCCGACGAGGCAGCCCCCGAAGCUAAAGAAGAUGGCAAGGAUGAGCCAGCGCCAGAUGCAGAGAAUCCCGACGAGGCUCCCAAGGAGGCUGCCGUAGAAGACGGGAAACCUACAGAGGAUGCAAAGCCUGACGACGGUGCAGCGCCUGAAGGCGAAGCAAAGUCCGAAGAGGAAGCCAAACCUGAAGAGGAAGCCAAACCUGAAGAGGAAGCCAAACCUGAAGAGGAAGCCAAACCUGAAGAGGAAGCCAAACCUGAAGAGGAAGCCAAACCUGAAGAGGAAGCCAAACCUGAAGAAGAAGCCAAGCCUGGAGGAGAUCCAAAGCCCGAAGACGACCCAAAGCCUGAAGAUGAAUCUAAACCUGAAGGCGGUGCAGCGCCCGAUGAAAGUGCGAAUCCUGAAGAGGAAUCAAAGCCCGAAGAAGAUGCAAAACCUGAAGGUGAAAAAGAUGCUCCAGCAGGUGAAGACACGAAAAAAGAAGGCGACGGCAACAAUGAUGAAGGUUUCCCAGACUUUGACAUAGACGUAGAUCCUGAGACUUUAGCGGCCGAGAAAGAGGCUACUGCUAAAGCGGCCGCCGAAGACGCCCUAGAGGCCGAUGAAUCACCUGCUGCAGCAUCCGAGCCACCCGCGGAGGAGCCCAAGGCAGAGGAAAAGCCAGCGGGCAAGAGUAAGAAAAAGAAAGGCAAGAAAAACAAGAAGUCCGCCGAGCCAGAGCCAGAGCAAACGCCAGAGCCAGCCGCGGAGCCAGAGCCAGCGCCAGAGCCAGAGCCAGCGCCAGAGCCAGAGCCAGCGCCAGAACCAGAGCCAGCGGCAGAACCAGAGCUAGCGGCAGAACCAGAGCCAGCGGCAGAACCAGAGCUAACGCCAGAACCAGCCGCCGAAACAGCCCCGGAGCCUGAAGCUGAGCCCGAAAAGCCCGCAGAUAACCCUCCUGAUACCUCUGCUCCAGAGGAACCAGCAGCACCCGAGCCAGCCGCGGAGGAACCCAAGCCAGAGGAAAAGCCAGCGGGCAAGGGUAAGAAAAAGAAGGGCAAGAAAGCCAAGAAGGCAGCCGAGACAGAGCCAACGCCAGAACCAGCCGCUGAAGCAGCACCUGAAAUAAGUGAACAACCAGCGGAAGCAGAGGCACCAGCAGCUGAGCCUGAACCUGAACCUGCUCCACCUACAGCAGAAGAGGAGAAGGCUCCCGAAGAACCUGUCAAGGAACCGGAGCCGGAAGCCUCGCCAGUUGAGGAAACACCUGCUGCCGAACCCGAAGCUGCUGCGGAAGAGAAGGUGGAAGCUGUAGAGCCCGAGCCAGUUGAGACUCCCAAAGAGGCACCCGUCGAAGAAAGCACUCCGGCUGAGCCUGCCCCUGAACCCGCUGCCGAGCCUGUUGCUGAGCCUACCCCUGAGCCCGCUCCGGAACCGGCUGCUGAGCCAGCCCCUGAGCCUGUUGUUGAAGCUCCUGCUGAGCCUGAGCCUGAGCCUGCUGCUGAGUCUGCUCCGGAACCCGCUGCUGAGCCUGAGACCGAGCCAGCUGCCGAGCCUGCCCCUGAGCCUGCUGCUGAGUCUGCUCCGGAACCCGCUGCUGAGCCCGCUGCUGAGCCUGAGCCCGAGCCAGCUGCCGAGCCAGCCCCUGAGCCUGCUGCUGAGUCUGCUCCGGAACCCGCUGCUGAGCCCGCUGCUGAGCCAGCUGCCGAGCCUGCCCCUGAGCCUGCUGCUGAGUCUGCUCCGGAACCCGCUGCUGAGCCCGCUGCUGAGCCUGAGCCCGAGCCAGCUGCUGAGCCAGCCCCUGAGCCUGUUGUUGAAGCUCCUGCUGAGCCUGAGCCUGAGCCUGCUGCUGAGUCUGCCCCGGAACCCGCUGCUGAGCCUGAGACCGAGCCAGCUGCCGAGCCUGCCCCUGAAGCUCCUGCUGAGCCUGUUGUUGAAGCUCCUGCUGAGCCUGAGCCUGAGCCCGAGCCUGCUGCUGAGCCUACUACUGAGUCUGCCCCGGAACCCGCUGCUGAGCCUGAGCCCGAGCCUGCUGCUGAGCCUACUACUGAGUCUGCCCCGGAACCCGCUGCUGAGCCUGAAGCAGCUGCCGAACCUGUCGUUGAAGCUCCUGUUGAGCCUGAGCCUGAGCCUGAGCCCGCUGCUGAGCCCGCUGCUGAGCCUGCCGCUGAGCCUGAAGCAGCUGCCGAGCCUGCCCCUGAAGCUCCUGCUGAGCCUGAGCCUGAGCCCGAGCCUGCUGCUGAGCCUGCCCCUGAGCCUACUGCUGAGUCUGCUCCGGAACCCGCUGCUGAGCCUGAAGCAGCUGCCGAACCUGUCGUUGAAGCUCCUGUUGAGCCUGAGCCUGAGCCUGUUGUUGAAGCUCCUGCUGAGCCUGAAGCAGCUGCCGAGCCUGAAGCUGAGCCUGAAGCUCCCGAGGAACCUGCCGCUAAAGAGAAGGAAGUGACUGAAGAUGCCCCCGCUGCCGCAGAUCCUGUAGAGGAGACUCCUGCCCCAGAACCAGCGGUUGAGGAGGCACCUGCUCCCGCCCCGGUGGAAGAGACACCAGUGGAAGAAACGCCAAUUGCCGAGACCCCUGCAGAGGCCGUAGCAGAACCGGAAGUCGUACCCGAUGAGGCGCCAAAGGAUAUCCCAGUGGAAACACCUACUGACGAGCCAACGCCCGAAGAACCCGCUCCUGUCGAAGUUGCCCCGGCUGAGAUCCUGGCACCUGACGAAUCCCCGGCUGAACCAGUGGUUCCGGACGAGGCCCCAACUGAGACACCAGAGGCCGAUGCAGCUGCAAUCCCAGUCGAGACUCCAACGCCGGAAGAGGCAUUGCCUGAGACAGCGCCAGAGGAGCCAACCCCUGAGCCAGAGGCUGCCAGAGACCUCCCCGCCGAAGACCCACUAGCAGAACCAGAAGCUUCCCCCGAGCCAGUAUCUGUCCCCGCUAGCGACGAAGUGGCGCCCGACGAGCUCGUACCACCGCCAGCAGACGCCCAGCCUGAGGUUGAGAUGAUCGACGCCGAGCCUCUUGACGAAAGCGCAGAAGCCGCAGCAGCCCGCCACUCCCGACGCCGCAGAAAGCGUACCUCGCCGAUCGAAGGAGAGCGUCGGCAGUCUAAGACAUCGUCUGAGGGCCGCCGGGAUCAACUUCAGCGUCAGAAGAGCGAGCGAAACAUCUUCACCAACCGCUGGGCCAAGGCACUGGAAGAAGCACGACGCCAACACGACGAGAAAUCACAGAUGCAGCGAAAGCAGCGUGCUCUCGCCGAAGAACGAGAGCGCAGCGGUAUUCCUGCCCCCGAGAAAUUGAAGCGCUCGAAGAGCUCGUCCAGGGAGAAGGUGGAGAAGGAGAGGGCAAUGGAACCAGAAAUGGAGGCCGAAGUCAUCGAACCCAGAUCCAAACGCCGCACCUCCGACACUCCCUCGAACCAACCUCUCGAACGGGCCCGCUCAACCAGGACCUCUUCAUCGAAGCAGGUGUCAACAUCGGUACCGACGCCCAGGCCCCGUGCCUUCCUGCGGUACAUGACUGAAGGCAAGUCGGAUACCAAUGGGCCUUUGCUGCGCCUAAAUGCCACCAAGGCUGCACCGCCAAUUGAGAGGCCGCGCCGGUCAUCGACAAGUCACAGCAGUGGCAGCCGUCAGGAUCGGGCGGAGCAUGAAGAGCGACACUCCAGUGGUCGGUCUAGCGGAUCACGGUCGCGACGCGACGAGGAGCCUCCUCGCACUGAGCGUGUCGAGCGCACUGAGAGUAGGAGAUUGCGACGCUCGUCGACGGCUGAGCAUGGUCGAUCUAGGGAGGAGAGGAAGGAGAGGGAGAGGGAGAAAGAUCGGGUGGAGAAGGAGCGUGAGCGUGAGCGUGAACACGCACGUGAACGAGAAAUCGAGAGAGAGAAGGAGAGGGAAGGGGAGAAGAAGCCUGAGAGCUCCUCCCGACGUUCUAGGGAGACGAGAGAGGUUCGCUCUCAUCGUCGCCACAGACGCGAGGAAUCGCCUCCCCGAGAGGAGUCGAAGCUGAAGGGUCUCUGGAGAGCGAUUGCUGCCCAUUGA